GUACUUUAUAAAGGUAGGCAUUAGUGUUUAUUUUUAAGACUGGUGACCAUAACGAUCUGAUUCGUGGGGCAGUGAGCCAAAAGGCAAGGAAGGCAGGAAACCUGGAUGGAGCAAGUCUGAAACAGGGUUGUUGGACGUGUUUUUUCUUGUUUAAACGACUCUGGCUGAUUGGUGCUGCAGAAACACACUACAGGCACUUCUGAGCUUGGAAUGGAAUCUCUCACCACCUUCCUGGCUGCUGUGAUUAGCCAGAGCACACUCACCAGUUCCAGUGCAAGUGCUGUAGGUAAAACAUGCCUGCUCAUCAGCUACACAACCAAUGCAUUUCCUGGAGAGUAUAUACCCACUGUUUUUGACAACUACUCUGCCAAUGUAAUGGUUGAUGGCAAACCAGUCAAUCUGGGUUUAUGGGACACAGCUGGUCAAGAGGACUAUGACAGACUACGUCCACUCUCCUACCCACAAACAGUUGGAGGAACCAAUGGUAAGAAUAUAUCUUCCAGUCUGACAGAUGAACCUAUUGCCGAUGUCUUCUUAAUCUGCUUUUCCCUCGUGAGCCCGGCUUCCUUUGAAAAUGUCCGUGCUAAGUGGUAUCCUGAGGUGAGGCACCAUUGUCCCAACACCCCCAUCAUUCUCGUGGGCACCAAACUCGACCUCCGGGAUGACAAGGACACCAUUGAGAAGCUGAAGGAGAAGAAGCUGACUCCCAUCACCUACCCACAGGGCCUUGCCAUGGCCAAAGAGAUCGGCGCAGUGAAAUACCUGGAAUGCUCAGCACUCACGCAGAGAGGCCUCAAGACAGUGUUUGAUGAAGCCAUUCGAGCAGUGCUGUGCCCCCCUCCUGUAAAGAAGAGGAAGAGAAAAUGUCUGCUGCUGUAAACAUCACCCUCCCCCACCCCAUCAAUCCUGUGCUUUGCUCAAACAAUGGAGCAUUCACAUGCCAAGUUUUUCUGUUAUAAAUUAGUUCUCUACCAUAAAUUCAUGAACCAGUUGACAAUUUCAUGGUUUCAUUUGUUUAAAGUAUGAUCGUUACCUUGCAUUCUUCUAAGAGCAAACUCCUGAAAAGACACACCUAUGUGAAGCCUUAUUUUUAAAAUCCUCUUCUUGCUCAAUUAAGUGUUGCCAAACUUAUCUGCUGAACUAAGUUGCUUUGUUGUGCUACGAACACUAAGCACUAAACUGUUUUUUAAAGAUUCUUCUUGAAAAUGACUCUAAUUUCUGGUAGGAAAUGCGAAAUCUUUCUAGUUUUUCACAGUAAGUACCGGGAAUGAGCAGAACACUGAGCUCUGACGUGUUUUGUUAUUCAAUGUUUUCUCAGUGCAGCCACUGCCUGUGGUGGGUGUUGAACCCCAACCCCUGGCAGUGACUGACACCCCCGAGUCACAGUGUAAAUGCUUUAUCAUUGGUAAGGGCUUGGUUGCAAUCUAGUUCUUGCUGCUGUGAUUUAAAAAAAUAAAUAACUAUUCUUACUGAAGUGUAUCUAGUCCUUUUGACAGCAUUGUGUUGUGAUGGGUAAAUGGAAUAUUGGGUUGGAUCAGACAAUAGUGCCAGACAGUAUUUGACACUGUACAGAUGACUUACACUACACUGCCAGGGUAGCUCAGCCACCAUUUUCCCAGAGGUGCAGUAGUGGAGAGAGGUUGGUGUUCAUAGGUAAAUUCCUUUGAAUUUCAAGUAGGGCAUUCAUGUAGGUUCAAUUCUGGACCAGUCAUUCCCACUUUUAUGUAGUAAAUGCUUUUCUUGUAGAAUCUCUUCUUACUGAGCAAUAUAACUUGUAUUUUAAAAACCUUUCUGAUGAUAGAAAUUUGCUUUCUUUUUCUUUUAUAGAGUAGAACGUUCAAGCAUAUCCUUAUUUUCCCAUUAUUUCUGACCCAGUAAGUUAUGCUUUCUGAGCUUUUAGUCUUAUUAACUAGGUGUAAAAAUCAUGUGAAGCAGCUUUAGACAUUUUAGUAAUUUUUAUAUUUUAAACCUCUUGUAAACGACAAACCUUCUCGAGUGUCACUAUUUGCAAGAUCCCCCCCAGUGUAACCUGACUAAUGCAGACAAGUGUUCUCUGUCACUCCAUGUGCAGCAUAGAUUGUAACGGUAACGGGUCUGUGAGGUUCUGUAAUUAGUGCUAAUGUUCUGUACCUUCUAAACUGGCAGGAAUAUGAUGUUGAACUACACCCUUUCAACCACUAAACCAAAAUUUAAAAGUUGCAAAAUUGUGAAGUUUUUACAUUGAUCUUUUGCUAAUGCAAUUAGCAGAAUGUUUUGCAUGUAAGAAUUAAUAAAUCCUUGAAUCACA